UUAGAGUGGCGUGAAACAUUACACUCUUGAAGGAUAACAGAAAAACAAACUUGUAUAACAUGUAACGAUGUUUGGAAAUAAAUUACGCUCAUGGAUGGAAGCAGUGAGGCCUAAAAAAAAGCAACAACGUAAAGAAAAAAAUUCAAAAAAUGGCUAUCCAAACGCUUCUGCAGUGUAUGUCACACAUAUCGAUACUGUUUGCAAUUCAAGAUUUCCCGAAAAUGAAAAUACAGUACAAGAUGUUGCGGUGAGAAAAACGAUAAUUGGUAGCGAAUGCCGAUAUUCUGGUACUAAUUUGUCUUCUCCUGAAUCUGCUUACUCCACCGGUUAUUCUACAGAUGGAACUUCACCUGGUGCUCCCCCAGAGUAUUACGUAAACAUUAGAACAGGUACAAAGUACUUCAGAGAUGGAGAGUCUUGUCCAGGCUACAGAUUAAUCAAUAAUAAUGCACAAACUAAUGGAAAUUGUACCGUUGUAAAGAAAGAACAACUGCCUAUGUCCCCGUAUCCAAGCAGUAGCAAAAUUAAUAAGAAAGAUGACGAAGUAAGACAAAAAAAAUCGGUCAGUAAUUCGAUAGAGCCUAAUUUAAAUUCGUUGAACCAGAAUAAUUUGCCAUUGCACAAGGGUAUACCCACUCCCAUAUCUUCUCCACCUUCUACAAGACUUCCAGAAACUAUAGUCACUUCUAGUAUAAUGUCUCCGAGACAAAGAAAUAGGAUUCGGACAAAUCCAUGGCUACCGGGGAACUCCCUAAGUCCAGGAGCAAGUAGUAUUACUCUUCAUUCUUCGCGACAAGAGCCAUUCACGUCACCUCUUUUAAAUAACUCCUCUAACCCUCGUAUAAUGGCGUUUCAAAAUCAGAAAAAUCCCUCAAAGCAUGGAACUUCAGUUCAGGGCGAGUCGUUGUCUUCUUCAUCGUGUUCGUCUCUGAGCGACGAGAACAACCCUUGGGACUCGAAUCUGCUUCAAAUGAAUCCUCGGUUAGACAUGGAAAGUGACGAAGAUGACGAAGAAGAUUGUACUCUAAACGAAAUGAUGGGCAAGUACGACGAAAGUUACGUUUACGAGAAAGAAACGGAUAUAUUAAGCGACAGCGAUCCGACUGAUUGUGAAACUGACAUUGACACGGGACAAGACGGUGGCGAUGAAGGUGAAGCGACGGAAAGAGAAUUCGACUUCAUUGACAAUGGUUCUCUAAAAGAAUUUGGCCAUUUAGAUAAGGAAAUCAAAAACACUGGACACUGCGUAUAUUUCAAUUAUGAAGGUCAUAUUAGGCAGAGUUCGCGUCGAAGGACCACGCGUAGAUCUCAAAAGACUGAUAGUAAAAACUCCAAUUUCGAAAAACGUAAGAGAUCAAAUUCUUUUAAGAAACGGCCUAGACAUCCCGAACCAAUCCACAAUAGACCCGAUACUGAACAACGGGCCGUUAAAAACGGAUCCAGAAGUGCCGGCACGACACCUAUUUCGAUUAGAAAAACUAAACGGCUAACAACUAAAUAUCUUCAAGAAGAGCAACAGAAAAAGCGCUCCAAUUCCGUUAGCUACACUGAAACCAUAAGUCUCAUAGAUAAACGCGAUAUAGAAGCGGAGAAAAAAUACAAAGAACUUAUAGUGGAAGCUGAACACAUUUUAAUGACUAUGAAAACUAACGGUAUCUCCCCAAGAAGACUUCCAACCCCAACAAACAAAAGGGUAGAAAUGUUACGAAACGGGGAAUCUCCUAUUAAAUCCGAUGGUUAUUUGAGGAAUAGACUGAUUGAAGACACGGCAAAUCUUCAUUUGUCUAACAUUCCGUCCAACGUGUUUAAUAAUACCGUGUGUAGUCCUAAGAAAGUUAAUUUUGCCAGUAGCAAUUCGCGUCAUUUAAUGAAGAGGGAGAUCGAAAUUAGACACUCGCCUUUAGAAAUGGCCAAUUACCAACAAAAUACGAUAGUAAAGAAAAAACUUCUUUCACCCAAGUUGUCCAGAAAAAGUCCGAAGUUUCGUAAAAAGAACAGCAAAAGUUUAACUGUCAGACGCGGAAGUUCCUCUUCCGACGACGAGAACGAGAAAAGGCCUAAAAGGAAUCAUGUUUUAUCCAGAAAAGACUUCGUGUGCCCGCAAAGCGAGCCAGUUAAAAGGAAAAACUAUUUCACUGACAACAAAAUAUUUGUCCACUAUAAUUAUAAGGAGGGACAAUUAAAUCCAGAUUUAAACAAGCCUUACAUUUGUAACAGAUCAGGGUUAGAUGUAAACAAUAGCGGCGAAAAUCUUCGUCAACAAGUUUUAUUAAAUACUAUAGCAAAUUUAAAGAGAAGUUUAGAAGAUCAAUCGGCAUCGCUGAAACAAGUCUGUCGAAGCUCGCAGAAUAUUAAUGUGUGAGCUGUUUGUUGUUACUACGUCUUUUCAUUUCUUUUUUUUUUUGGGUAAGUACAUUAUAAAAUAUUAAUUAUUGCUUUUACAUAGAAGCAAACUAGUUAGUUUACGUAUAAAAUGUUUGUCUUCCAUUGAGGAGGUUAAACAGCUUCCACGAAAAUGAUAAAACAUAUAGAAACUGUAGAUUUUAAUAUAAAAACUGAUCAUUUGCCUAAAAUAAAAUCCAUCACAUCUUUUAGCAUGAAUUAACAAAAAACAUGUAAGAACUCGACUGAAUUUAAUGUGAACUAGUUUCGCCUGUGGUCGUAAUAAAUUUUAAAAUUAAUUUAAAUCAAAAGGUACCCUUAUUUCUUCUCAACUUUUGACAUUUUAAAACAAUAAACAAACAUAAAAUUUAGAAGAAUUUUUGUGGGGUUAAUUUCAAUACAUUAAAGUGGAUUAACUUUUUACCACUACAAAUGACCUCAAAUUAAUGAGAAAAAAUUAUUACUGCAGUCACACCCUCGCCGGGAAUCGAAUCCGAGUCUCUGGUUUUACGCACCAUUCCUAAGCUACGAGAGAUGACAGCAGCAAGAAUUUUUGUCUCAUUAAUUUUGAGGUUAUCUAUAGCGGUAAAAGUUAAUUCACAUUAAUGUCUUAAAGUGGUGGACAGCCUAUGAUGGAUUUAAAACCAACCCCAUUGCUUUUAAUCUGACUAAUUUUUCAAAAUUUCCAAAUAAAUUUUUUAUUUUACAACACUUAUCAGACUUUGGCAAAGUAUGAAUGUAAGCUUUUAUUUGAUUUACUAUUACUCCCCUUAACAGCAUAGAUAUGUACAGUGCAAUCGACAAGGCUAUGUUUCCAUCGAAAAUAAACGUUUCCAUUACUGGGUAUUUUUUUUUUGGUAAUAUAGUAAAAAAAUGCGCAGAUUUUCAAUUUAGGUAACUACAGUUUGCAAAAGCGAUGCGUAAUUUUUUAAUUUAACAGUUUACAAGAGAUAGAACUUUUUUUAAAUUUUACCAAACAUGCAGUGCAAGAUCAGUUUGUGACAUUUUUUUUGUAAAAACAUUAAACUAUUGAAACCAAGCCAGAAUACUCAAAUUCUAAAUCAGUAACGUGUUAAUAGAACGCAAAUACAACCUUAUUAUAGUUAGAAUUUUAAACACCAAACGUCGUGACCAAAGUGGUCAGUUCCCAGUUGACGUACUACGCAUGUGCAGUACGGGUAGCCAAUAGAAUUUAGGCACCUGCUACCUCACCUCUUUCUCCUUGAUGAUCUCUUAUCUGCCACUUUUUAUUCCAUCUCCAUAUUCCCAAGCCUGUGUCCCCUUAUUAUUUUUUUUUGUAAGUGUUUACUGUAGUUUCAGGUAAACAACAUACGCAUAUUACUCCCCCUCCCCCCUUAUAAGCUCAAAAAAUGUGUGAAUCAAUAUCGAGUGUUUCGUUACACUUUUAUUUAUUUAUUUUUCAAUUUCGGGAACUUCAUUGCUAUCAAGUCGUUUCUGAAAAUUGUAAUAUUAUUUUUUACUACAUUACAUGUUUAUGGUUGUUACAUGAAUACACAAAAGGUGUUAAAAACCACAAUAAAUUAUUCAUUAUUAACGAUUGUUAUAACUUAUAACAAUACGAAUACGAUACCUAUUUAAAAUAAAAUUCUGGAAAUAUCAGAAAAAAAUAGUUAAUAUCUAAUUACGACUGUUUUAUGAAAUCAGUUGGCUUAUAAAUACUUAAUUAUACGUCUUAGUAAAUAAAUUUUACUUUUUUUUUUGAUUUUAUUAUAUUCUUAGGGUUUCCAGUAUAAUAUGCCAAUAAAGACCAAAACAAUUUCAGAAAAUUAGGUAAAUAAAUAAAAUUAUGGUAUUUUUUAAGGGAAAAGUGCAAAUGCAAAUGGUAGUGUUAGUAAUUUAGGUUAGCUUUAGUAACCUGCGACGGAAGGGGAGUAUAGGGGGUUGGAAAAGAUUCACCCGAUAGGGAGAGGUGCGGAAACUAAAUAAAAAAAAUAAUAAAUUAUUGGUUAUUGCAUAAAAUUUUGCUAUUUUUAAUAGUUGAUUACUAUCCUGCAGCAUGAUAAGGGGCAUGGAAGGAGAGACGGAAUAGGAGAGGGAUUAAAAACUCCUUCCUGAUUUUUGUUGACCUCUUUUGUUUCAUCUACUGUAGAACGGAGAACAAAAGCUUUUCAUAACGGCUAACUUCAACAACAAAUUUUCUUUGUUGCAACUCAUCUUUAAAUAGGGUUGCUGUAAGAAUUUCUGAUUUUUAUUUAUUAUUCCGUCGAAUCUGGGUACUCGAUAAGAUUAAUAUCGUCUUUUUGUUCUACGAAUUCGUUCGUCUGUACUAGGCAACAAACGUAAUUCAACUUUCUUUGGAAUUGGAGCAAUUAAAACCUGAUUUCAAUACUGUUAUUUUUAUUUCAAAUGUAGAAUCAAUAUUUAAAAACAAAUACAAUCUUUCCAUUCAUAGGCAAUCCUAGUUAAACGUUAAACUGUUGUUAAAACUUUAGUUAUAGCUAAAUAAAAUUAAACUUAAAAAAUUCUAUAGAUAACAGAACACAAAACGGUAGUCACAAAAGAUAUAAAACUCCCCAUACCCCGUGCAAUGUACUUGUGUAUUAGGUAUUUAUCAAGUUGCCCAAUAACCACAUGGCAAUAUUCAUAAUGUUGAGGCAAUGUAAUAAAUAAGGAAGUUCCAAUUAUAGUUAUUUAUUUCGCUCCAAGUAGCUUGUCAUUAUUCAUAAUGCGCGGGCAUUAUGAAAAAUUUUCCUAUUAAUAUUACUUGGUUCGUUACACUAUCAACGUAUUGAUUCACUAUGCGUAGAAACUUUUAAGGAAUGACGACCCUUAUUUAGCUGGCUAUUUUGAAUCAAAUUUAUCAGUGCGUCAAUAAGGUCAAAAAUUAUUUUUUUUAUUUUUCGAAAUAGAAUAAGUUUCCGCAUCUUCCCUGAUGUGAAGGAAGGUUUUCUUAUUUUUCCUCUCCCCCUUGCCCCCUUUCGUUCCCCUCUGUUGUGCCGCAGGUUACUAAACAGUCCCAUUAAUUUAGUUGUUAAUAAUUAAUACUUUUAUGUACGAUUAAAUAGAUUAUUACGAUAUUGGUAAAGGUCUGGAUGAUGGCCCCCACCCCCUUUGGGGUGGGUAAGAUCGAAAGAGGAGGGUCUCUCCCACGACAUUAAAAGUUCGCGGUGGUCUCACCCUCAUAAAAAGUUAUGGGGGUUCAAAGUUAAUAAAUAUGCCAAU